ACGGCGGCCGAGCAGGGACAUGUAGCAGCCAGGAUGGCCGCAGCCAGCUCCAUCUCUCGUCUGCUCCUCUGCGCGUCGGUCUGGGCGGUUUGGGAGGCGCUGGCCAAAUCUCUUCCAGAUCAAGGAGCGUUUGAGGUGCAAAUCAAAGUCCAGGUGUUCGACAACAGCGACCUGUCACCGUUGGCAGGCGCCCAGGUGGAAGUCCACGGCAAUCAAACCGUCUUGGCGUCCAGCCAGGCGGGCAGCGAUGGCGUCCUGAGAGUCAGCUUCCUGUACCACACAGGAACAUGGGUCAUCAUUACAGCCUCCAAACAAGACUACGUCAGCAACUCUGUGCCCUGGCACUCCAGCCGCAUCCCUCUGUAUGCAUCAGUCAGCCUGUACCUCCUGGUUCAGAGGCCAGGAACGCUGAUUCUGUACGAUGACGUCCUGCAGGUGCUGUCCGGGUCGCCAGGAGCUCGUAACCAGCCGCUGGUGCAGCUCCAGAGGAAAUCCCUUCAGCUGCCGUCCAACUCCAACUACACGGCGCUGUCUGCCGCGCUGACCACAGCCAGGACUCAGUAUGAGAUCGGAGGUUUCCCGUUUCUCCUGGGCCAAGAGACCAACAGCUCAGGUGCAGAAACAGGGUGGACAGACUUGACGGCUUUGGCCGUGGUCAGCAUUCAGCUCUUUGACAAGGAUGGCAGCGCGAUCCAGGUCUCAGAUCCGAUCCACAUCUCUGUGCCACUGCCAUCUGACACCCGCAACAGGAUGGCCACGAGUGUACCUGCUUGGCUGUAUCAGCCUAAGACGGGGCUGUGGGUCAGGAACGGGACAGGCUACAUCAAAAAGGAAGGCCCACAGUUUGUCUGGAACGUGGUGGUCCCUCAGAUGGGAUACUGGUUAGCUGCCUUCCCUUCAUCUUCAGGAUUGGGUCUGUCUCAUCCAGGCUUGAGGGACAUCACCACCUACCACACCCUGUUCCUGCUCUCCAUCCUGGGCUCACUGGCCCUGCUGGUGCUCAUCCUGCUCUGUGUGCUGCUCUACUACUGCAGGUGUGGGGAGCGUAGGCGCAGGCGGAAGUGUUUAAAACCUCGUCGACAGCAAGGGAAACCCCACACGUCCAACCUAAAUGGCGCCAAGAGAGACCAGGGUACAUCCACUUCACGCCUAAAUCUGAUCUGCGGAGGCCACGUUGAGUCUGACCCCUCGAACGACAAAUCUGACAUGUCGCCAUCUCGAGACUACCAGAGUUCAAGGGAGGACUUAACCAAACAUGUCCCGGCUCACAUGCUGCGACAUGCAAAGGGAAAAAAUGCUUCAGGUCCGCAACGGGGUGAAAGCUUCCCCAUGAAGGUCACACGUGCCACAGAGACCAACAACCUGGACAACCCUUUGCUGCAUGAAGACUACAACCGGAGCUACAGCCCGAUGGAGGGCAAGGAGUCAGAAUAUCACAGACACCACAAUGCUAACGACAAUCGAGGAUACUCCUCUGAUCCCCCGUCUCCGCCUCGCUUCCAAGGAUAUGUGCCAAGCCAGUCUGAUAAACCUCCCGAAUAUUCAGCAGCAGCUGCAGACAGUCUUGCCAGACCGACUUCCCUCAACACCCAACCAGGUCAGAUUAUCUUCUGCAGCUCCAUUGACCAGAUGAAGGAGAACAUGUACCGGAGCAUGGUGCCCACCCUGGUCAUCCCAGCCCACUAUAUGCGCCUGCCCUCUGAGUUUUCUGGCAAAGAUGGCAAAGACCAGAAGGAUCAAGACAAAGAUGGUGCCCAGAUGGGAGGAGGCCAGCAGCAUCAUCACCACCACUCCCAGAAACAAGGCCAACAGCAGCAACAGCAGCAAGGUGGAUCCCAAGGUGACGACUCUGAGGAGCCAAGCUGGGCGUCAGACUCCUCUGGUGGACCUGUGACCAUCCCUGUACUCUUCAACGACUCUACCAUGGCUCAGAUGAAUGGGGAACUGCAGGCUUUGACUGAGAAGAAGCUACUGGAGCUUGGUGUUAAACAGCAUCCAAGGGCGUGGUUCAUCUCCCUGGAUGGGCGUGCUAACGCUCAUGUGCGACACUCCUACAUAGAUGUUGGGAAUGACCUCAGUGGUGGUGGUGGUGGUGGAUUCUUAGGCGGUCCCAGCAGCAACGCCCGAGACAUCAACCUUGAACCGCCUCUGGAGGCCCAAGAACGCAAGUCAGCAGUCAAUCGGAAGGGAAAAGAUGAGCGCUGGGGGACAGGGGGACGGAAGGGCCAUGGUGUUAGCAGUGGUGGGAAGAGUUACUCCAAACUGGCCUACCCUGACCACAGCGAGCCCAGCAGCAGUGAGGGGCGCCCGGUCUCACCCGAGGAGAACUCCCUUACCCCUCUUCUUGAUGAAGGUCCAUCCUCCCGAGGAUCCACCAUUCCCAGAAGAGGACGCAGCCGAGUGAACAGCAGCCGCAGCAGCAACAGCGAGAACCGCCGCGACUCCAUGACCAGCCCAGAGGAUGAUCCCGAAGACAAAGAGGAGAACAAGAAGAGUCCCUGGCAGAAGAUUGAAGACAGGCCUCUGAUGGUCUUCCACCCCAGGAAGUGAGCUUUUUGAACUUACUGAACUCUGGACCUUUCAACAAUCUUUUCAAAGGGGAAUCUUUCCAAAUAAGACACGGAAGAAGAGUGAUGUUUUCACCAAGAGAGAUCACAAUAAGCACAAUCAUGCUUCACUGGUCCAUUUUCAGGUUGUUGUUUGACCUUUGUGCUCCUGAUGAGGUGCUUUUGCACUUUCUGAUUACUAUUGUCGCCUCACUGUCAGUUAAUGUUACUGGUUUCCACUGAGCUGAUCUAUUGUAAACUGAAUACUAUCCAGUUUGUUGUGAAUUCUGUCACCUAUCACAUCACUGAACCAUCGCCUGAGCCAUCGCAUAUACUGACUGUGGAAAUAGCCAUUUUAGAGAGCAAAAUAUAAGAAUAAAGCACUUACUAAUAAUUUGAUAAUUGAUUGAUUGAUACUUACCCAGUAUGUGGAAGUGAAUGACAUUUUUAUGGGUGUUUAGGUGAAUUAGAUUUCCUUUGUUGUACUACACAAAGGGUCAUAUUGAUGGUAGAAAACGUGCGCCCAUGUUUCCUUGAUUACUCACCUAAACUGAAACUAGGAUGAGUUUUCUUUAGAGGAAAUACCUUCCCAAACUUGAAUAUGUCAGGAACCGAUCAGUCCUACAGAUUUUUCCUUGAGCCCCUGUGAACGGAUAAUGCAAUCUAUAAAGUCCAAUGUGCGACUUGCAUUUUGCUCCUUCAGGGAUGUACUUGAUUUCCUCUUCCUCCUGUUCUGUGUUCAUGUGUUCCAAUGACUUAUUCAGAUAGUAAUGAUUUGAAACGUUGAGCAUCAUCUUUAAAUCUUUCUGCCAUCCUUUCUGUCAUUGAUUUAUCGCAGUGAUCUACAAAUCUGCCAAAAUUUUGCAUUUCUGCCUUUCUCCUGUUGUUGAGAGCUUUUUGGCCCACAAAGACUUGUGUAAAUAGAUUCCCAGACAUUUGAAAGACCAUGUGGUUUAGAUAGGUUGCAUGCAUACAACAUGAAUGUAUGAACUAAACCGAAGGCACCAAAAGCCCCCACAGUUCUUUGAGCUCCUGCGUAGACAACCCUUAAUCGCCACGAUAAUAGCCAGGUGGGUAAGUCUAAACAACAGAUACGGCUGAGCAAAAACAUCACUUUACUUGAAGACUUACCUGUUUGAUAUUCUACUGAGAUCUGCCGGGGUUGUUUGUAGACAGGGCUUGUACCACUUAUCUCCUGUAAGUGCCUUCUUUCACAUAGGAUCGAGUGAUAGGCAUGCAGGUCCCUUUUUAAAUGCAGUUAAUCGUCACCUAAACUCGGCCGUCGAGAUCGGCAGGCACUAAUAAGCACACUGCAUUGUGGUAACACGUCUCUCUGGGGAGCAUGCCUGCCAAAACUGACAACUUUUCUUGCUUUAUGUCCUUGAAUAUCUUAAUUUCUUGUAUCUAUCCUCUUUUUCACCAGACUUGUAAAUGGUAUGAUGAACUAUAUGAGAUUUUAUGUGUAUACGAUGUGCAUGUAACAUGUAGAAUAGGGUGUUUUUAAUGAAACCUUUUUGACAUGAUCCAGGAUAUUUGGCACAAAAUGUGACGCGUUGAGCUGUGUUGCCAAAUGUACUUGGUUAUAUGAAGAUACACUGACUUUUCCCUUAAUCCACUUCUAACAAAAUUCACUUCCGGUCGUAAAUGUUUACAACAAUAACAUACUGACCAACACGCUCCCGCUGUAAUUAGCAUCACCACUGCCUGUGACGCAUCAACAACUGUGAACUUAAUUACGUCAUCUCGCAGACUCGUUAAAGCUCACACGUUUAGAAAACUUGAAGCGGUUAAUGUUUUUUGUUCAAUGAGGAGUAAUCGGUUGAUUAUGAAGUGAAACUCUUGAAGGCUGUACAGAAUCAUGCUGACUUGUUGGUCCUUUUCACCAUUUGCUUGCUGUUCAUAAGCCUGUGUGAGUCGCCUACAGUACAAACUGAAACUGUGAUGUAAUUCAAAGUCUGAAGAAUAACACAAACGAUUCCUACUGAGCUGUCGUGUCCUCUGCUGUAAAUGUACGUUUUCUGGACUAGAUAUGGAUCUAUUAUGAGUUGUGCAAUUGUGGCUUUCCUUGCUUGUUUUUGUUUAACAUGAGAGAAUCUAUUUUCUCUGUAGAUUUUGUGAACUUGUGUUUGAACACAGAGUAUUAAGUCACAACUGAGAGGACACAUUAAAGCUGGUAACGCGCUUUGUUGGAUUUUUGAUAGUACACUACAUGUGAGGGUGAGGAGGAUUGAACUGUAGGCCUUCAUCCCGUGCAGUAAACCAUUUGCUUCACAA